UUAUGGGGCCCUUCGCUUAGACGUUAGUGUCGCGGUAGUUGCCGACACCUCGAGACACCCUGCCGCCUCCACUCUCCCCAGGCACCGAGGCACGUGCCCCUCUUGUCGUCCUUCUACAUGUCAAUCUUGACUGACUUUCUCCAGAGCUGCAUAUCUAGACUUUUCAACAUAGACCACAACCGGUGGAAACUCAAUUGAUGCCUGUUAAGGUCACGACAAUAUGCAUGCCCGUGCAAUACCUAAACCCCCUGAUUGGCCCACGAAAGGGCAUUUCCAUUCCGAUCGUUUGAUCCUCCAUAUGCAGGGUUCUCCAUCAAUGUCGAUGUUAUAUAGAAGAUUAUUCGACGUGGAAUAGAAUGGCUGGAAAAGUUUCUGUGUUCUUUUGUUGUCGUCUUCCCCCUGCAUUUACGGCACGAUAACGGCCUCACCACGUCAAAUCAAUUCCAACCAUGGCCUCGGUAGAAAGUUCUCCGGCCGAUUCUUCAAUGAUCAAGGAUGCCGAUGUCACAGUGAGCAAUUGGACAGGCUUACAAGGGCGAGAAAACACAAUUGAGAGUAGUGAGGAUGUCGAAGUUGGUCAAUCAAGCAAAAUGUCCGGGGUUCUGAAUGUGAUCAUCUCGGGUCUGGCUCUCUUCAGCGACGGAUACAAUGCCCAGAUCACUUUGCAGCCAAGAUGUCUCCCGCUGACUAGUUUCUUGGUAUACGGUAGAUACAAAGAUGGCAUGUCUCCAACAAUCAAAGGUCGACUAUCGAACUCGUUUCUCAUAGGAGAAAUUUUUGGAAUGAUCUUCUUUGGUGUUCUCAUUGAUCGCCUGGGACGAAGAACGGGUGUGGCAAUGGCCACUACGUUCUUAGUUCUGGGUAUUGCAUUGGCAGCAGCUGCGCACGGGAAGUCCGAGCUUGGAAUGUUCUGGAUGAUGAUCAUUGCCCGUGGUGUGGCUGGCUUUGGAGCCGGCGGCGAGUAUCCCGUUUGCGCAACGAGUGCAACGGAGGCAGCGGACGAGACAACGAAACUUCGGAAAAACCGAGGGUUCUUGGUUGCCUCAACUACUGAUUUUGCCGUGGACCUGGGCUUUGUCUCUGCUGGCAUUGUAGCACUUAUUGUUCUCGCUUGCUAUGGUCAAGAGACUAGAGCUGGCGUAUGGCGUGUAUCCUUUGGCAUUGGAUUUGUGCUUCCCCUUGUUAUCUGCUUCUUUCGGAUUCGCAUGAUCAAUUCGACUCAAUACCGGAAACACAGCAUUAAAUCUAGGUAUCCCUAUGGGCUUAUUCUCAAAAGAUAUUGGAAGCCGAUGCUUGGAACUUGUGAGUCCCCACAUCACUCGAUUUUCUGUUCAAGUGUUGACUUUGUAGCCCUGGCGUGGUUCUGCUACGACUUCGUCACCUACCCGUUCGGAAUCUUCUCAUCCACCAUUAUCCAGCAAUUGAUGACAGACAACUCAACUGUCCAAAACAUCGGUUAUGGGACAGUGAUUAAUUGCUUCUAUCUCCCCGGAUGCCUUCUUGGCGGGUACCUCAUGGACAAAAUUGGUCGCAAGCAAAACAUGACUCUUGGUUUUAUGCUAUGGGCCAUCUGGGGCUUCAUCCUUGGCGGUGCGCUUCACCCGAUCCAAAGCGUGUUCCCGCUGUUCGUGGUGAUGUACGGCAUUUUCAUGGCCUUGGGUGAAAUGGGCCCCGGUGUAUCUACGUUUCUCUGUGCUGCCGAGUCCUUUCCCACCCCUCUCCGUGGUCACUUUCUGGGAUUUGCCGCCGCCGUGGGCAAGGCUGGUGCGUCUAUUGGAACGGAAGUGUUUACUCCCAUUCAGAACUCGUUCGAUACCACUGCAAAGGGCCAGCAAGCGGUGUUUUUGAUUGCCUCUGCUUUUACAGUGGUCGGGGGCCUCAUCGCAUGGUUCCUGAUUCCGGAUAUGUCUCGAGAGUUGGAGGAUGAGGAUGCCAAGUUCAAGGCAUACUUAGAGGAGAACGGAUAUGACGUUAGCCACUAUGGCGACGAGGCCUUGCAGGUAGAUAGGAAGAGUGGGCAUUAA